AUAUUUUACUGCAAAAGGAGGCGCGAGCACGCAAUAUGUCUAAAAUAGGUGGUUAUGAUACGCACGAUGAUGGUCCAGGUUUCGUCGGCAUUAGAUUUUGUCAAGAAUGUAAUAACAUGUUAUAUCCAAAAGAAGAUAAGGAGAAUAAAGUACUAAUGUACGCAUGUAGAAAUUGUGAUUUCAAACAACUUGCUGAUAGCAAUUGUAUCUACGUAAAUAAAAUUAUGCACGAAAUAGACGAGUUGACACACAUUGUUGCGGAUGUCAUAUCAGACCCUACUUUACCAAGAACCGAAGAGCAUCCAUGUCCAAAGUGUAACCACAGAGAAGCAGUAUUCUUUCAAGCACAAACAAGACGAGCAGAAGAAGAAAUGAGAUUAUAUUAUGUGUGUACUAACCAGCAUUGUUCUCAUAGGUGGACAGAAUGAAGUUUUACGAAUAGUUUGUACAUAUUGAAAAUCUGUAUUUUUAUAAUGUAGAAUACGUAUAAAAAAUGUAAUAAAAUAUAUAAAUGUUUUGUUUUCU